AUGAUGAUGAAGAAGGAGAAGAAUAUGAAGGAGAAGAAUAUGAAGGAGAAGAAUAUGAAGGAGAAGAGGAGGAAGAAGAGGAAGAAGAGUAGUGUAGUUGAAUUGUCAACGAAGCGGCAGAUUGCGUCAAAGUUCGUAUCCUCUAAGAAACCAGAACACACGGCAUGGAACAGCAACGGAUGUGAGAUGAGCUCUUUUCCUCUCCCUGGAACUCAGGAGGAUUAG